AUGAGAUUCCGGUUACCUCGGUGUAGCUAUAGAUUUUAUAACAAUCCAUUUAUUGACGGAUUUAAAGUGUGCAAUAGACCAUUUUCAACUCAGUCCCACAUAACUAAACUACGCAAAUAUUCAUUAUAUAUGGCUGGUAUUGGUCUAAUUUCAUGUGGUUCAAUUUAUUAUGGCUAUUAUCCGUUCACUAGUCCACUAUGCAAACUGCCCAAAAUAGACGAGUCAAUAUUCAAUAAUUCUGACAACUUGUUCGUCCUAGUAGCCCACUCCAACAGUUCAAAUCGUCAUUUCACUGAUUUAAUAGAUGACCUAAAGUCUAUAUUUGACUGUCCACAAUUGAAACACGUAAAAUUGUGUUAUACAAUCAGAAAUGAGGCCCAAUGCUCAGAAUCUCCUAUUGCCAUCAUGUACAAGGGACUGAGGAAAAAAAGUAUUCCAUUGAAUAGGCACAAAGCAAUCAACAAGGAUGAAAUAAUUGAGUUUUUCAAACCGGUAUCGGAGGAAAAUCCGGUUCAGGAUAUCGAAUUUAUGCCAGAAAAUGUCACCCUAAAUAACUUUAAACACAAAGUAAUCAAUGCUUCAUCUUCUGAACCAGUACUGGUGCAAUUGUUUGAAGAUGGUUGCUUUUUAUGUUUCUUAAUGCGUCCCUUUGUAAAUUCUGUGCAUCGCAUUUUAAUGGCUGGAAACCACAAAUUGUCCAUCAAACGAUUGAACAUUGAAAAGAACGAUUUCCCAGACAAUUGCCCAAUUUCUCGAGCCACGCCCACUUUUAUCCUGUACAAGGGGAGCAAGGCAGAUAAAUGGGAUGAGUUUAAACCGCAAAAUUUGGUUGACAAACUAAAUAAAAUUCUCAAGUUGUCCCAUAGGGAAAUGAGGGAGUUGGAUGCUUUAGUGGCGAAUAUUCCAAAACGCCUUCAACUUAUCGCAAAUGUAGCUCAAUGGCAAGCUGAAAUAUUAUCACUGGACCAUUUGGGCCUUGCUAUGGAUGCGGAUUUAAUCAAUGAAAGUGACACGCAAUCAUUGCUGCUAAAAGAUAUAAUGGAGCAGGACAUGAAACUCCACGAUUCUCUGGACGAAAAUAUUGCUCAUCUGGAGGAGGAGAUUGUUUUGUUGGAGGGAGAAUGUAUAUUAAUUGCUCAGGAUGUAGCUCGGGAGCUUAUUGACAAAUUUAAUUAUUGA